AUGUGGAAAAGCGAAAACACUGGACAAGAUGAGAUGGAACGUGGCAAUGGCAAGAAGCUGGGUUCACGUGGUGUGUAUAUGCGUGUGAAGAGAUUACGUUUUGAUAAUGACGGAGACGACAAGGAUGUUGCCCCUUCAUUAUUGAGAGUUCGUAUUGGUGAUGGAAAGAGUAUGGAUGUUAGUGGGAGUAUGAGAGACGAGAAGGGAUCACUCUCUCAUAAUAUACCGGAUACUCCCUCUCUCACAGAGUUAGGACAACAACCCUGUACACUACAUUUUCGUCUUCUUAACAAAGCGGGUGAUUUCAUCAGCAGUGAGCAAGAGACGCAGUCUGCGCGCAGGACAACUGUUUCUUCACCCACACCUGUGCUUUCUAUAGAGCGUGUGUGGGAUUUGCGAGGUUGUGUGGUGAUGGAUUGCACGGCUGGAGGAUCAUCUCAAACUGAUACCGGAGCACCAGAGAAAAAAGAGAGUGGAGAUCCUGUUGGUGGGGCGGUGGCUUUAGAGGAUUCAAAUGUAUGGUCUCUCUACGUUCUGGAUAGCAGACAUGUUGAUGAUAAUGAAAGUGAACAGAAGAAGGAGAAAGUAGAGAUGGAAAUGAAAGAAGAAGAAGAAGAAGAAGAUGAGUUUGGUUUUGAUGACUUGGUUGUCACGAAACCCAAUGAUAGUGACGAAGAAGAAAAUGAUGUUGCCAUCCAUAAUGAUAAUAAAGCGUUUGUAUAUGGAAGUAAAUUUGUCAGUCACCGUAUUAAACGAAAACGAGAUCAAGAUGAAAUAGUACCAGAUUUUAUUCUUUCUAUGGGAAUGCAACCUCACGAUGGUGAGGUUUGUAAUCAUGAUACUAGUCCAGAGGAUGCAGCUUUACUUUACGAAAUGUUGCGUGAUCAUGGACAAACUUGUUUUCUACUUGAAGAAGACAAUGGUUGCGAACCAGAGUUAUAUCUUUAUCCUGAUCAUCGCAAGGAUGAUGAAUAUGACAGUAAUGCUGCAGAUUUUUCGGGAAAUGAGUAUCCAGAAGAACCGAGUGAAAACAAUAGUUCUUUUGUUGACAGUGAGUACACUGAUUAUGAUGAUGAACGACACUAUAAGAGGCGACAAGGGGAUCUUUGGUACGAAGAAAGCUACAGAGAGGGUUCACUUAGUAGUGGAUGGAAUAGCUGUGAUGAUAACUAUUGA